ACCGAUAAAGUAAAUAAUCAUUCCCUCAAUUUAUUUCGGUUGGAUUACGAUGUGGUGAUUGUAAAUUGCAAUUGCAAUCCCCCCUCUCUCUCUCAACUCUAAUUUUCUCCCUGUUUGCUCAAAAGCAACACUUCUUUAUAAUCCAACCCAACAUUUUUGUGAGACCAGUUCGUGGAAAAAUCUUGCUUCUUCUUCUCCAAUCUCCAAAAAAGGGAAAAAAAAGAAAAUGAAACCCAAUCCCAAUAACACGAGGCUGAUUCUCCUCCAUCCGUACAUCCAAAAACAGGGCACCUCCUCCAAGAUUUGGCUUCUGGCCUUCCUCUCCUUCUUCACCCUCACCUUCCUCCUGGUGCUCGUGUACUACACUCGCGCCUCCACUCCCAUGACGGCCUCCUCCACCGCCGCCGCCGUGGUGUCGUCCGCCCCCUCUGUGCUACCGACCACCGUGAUCAACACCCUGCUCUACUACGCCUCAAAAUCGAACGACUCGUUCCACAUGAGUCACUCCGAGUUGAAGACCAUCUCGGACGUGGUGAGGAAAUGCUCGACGCCGUGCAAUUUCCUGAUCUUCGGGCUGACCCAGGAGAGCCUUCUGUGGAAGGCGCUGAACCACAAUGGGCGGACGGUGUUCAUCGACGAGAACCGCUACUACGCGGCGUUCAUCGAAGAGAAGCACCCAGAGAUCGACGCGUACGACGUGCAGUACACGACGAAGAUAAGCGAGUUGGGGGAGCUGAUUGGGACGGUCAAAGAGCAGAUACGGAACGAGUGCCGCCCCGUCCAGAAUCUGCUGUUCUCGGAGUGCAGGCUGGGGCUCAACGACCUCCCCAACCACGUGUACGAAGUGGAUUGGGACGUGAUUCUGGUGGACGGCCCACGCGGGGACUGGCCCGACGCCCCCGGCCGGAUGUCGGCCAUCUACACGGCCGGGGUUCUGGCGAGGAGCAAGAAGGGCGGCAACCCCAAAACCCACGUUUUUGUGCACGAUUUCUACGGGGAGGUGCAGAGGGUGUGCAGCGAGGAGUUUCUGUGCACUCAAAAUUUGGUGGAGGCCACCGAUACGCUUGCCCACUACGUUCUCGAGAGGAUGGAUCCCAACUGCUUCCAGUUUUGUCACAAUACGACGUCGUUCACCUCCUAGUUACCGUUUCUCUCUCUUUCCAAAUAAGACGGCGUCGUUCCUCGUCCCCAGUGUCAGUGAAAUUCGUUGUUUUGUUUUGUUUUGUUUUCUUAUAGUUGGAUAAUAUAAUGGUGCGAAUUGCGAAAGAGAGGUAAAUGAAUGAUGUGGGUAUUUAUGAUCAGUUUUUUCUUUCUUUUUUGGUUUGAAUUGGGGUUGGAUGUUGGUUGAAGGCUGAAGCAUUGGACCUGUAAAAAAUAAUUCUUUUUCUUCAAAUGCAAAGAGGAAGUUCAUUUCCUUUAAAAGGUU